CGUGGACCCAACGAACCAGCGAACUCCCCGUCGCCACGCACGCGCGGGGGCAGCCCUAUACAACAGCCACGUCGCCGCCGACAAGCCGCCGCCGUCGCCCUCUUCCUCACGGCUCUUCCCUCUGCUGAUCCCUUCCCGCCUUAAGACUCAUCCGUGCCGCAGGUCCCCAAUGGCGUCGUCCUACAACUACCCCACCACCACCAGCCCUGCUACUACUACUAACCCUAGCUUCCCCGCCCCCUCGGCCCCGCCGCUGUACCCGACGCUGACCAUGGCCGACCUCGCCCCCGUCGAGAUCCCGACCACCCCGGACGGCGCGCCGCCGCCCUCGGAGGACGUGCUCCUCCGCCUCCCCGGCGCGCAGCUCCACCUCAUCGACCGCCGCCGCAGCCACCCGCUCGCCGCGGGCGACCUCUCCCUGCGCCGCAUCCGCGCCGGCGAUGCCUCUCUCGCCGCCACCGCGCUGCUCGGCCCCAUCCAGUGGCCGCUGGCCCGCGACGUCGCCGCCGUCAAGCUCGACCCGCGCCACUACUCCUUCUCCCUCGCCGUCCCCGCAUCCCACGACGACCCCAGCCCCGACCCGCUCCACUACGGCCUCACGCUCUCCGCCCCCGACCCGCGCCUCGACGCCGUGCUCGGCGCCUACACCAGCUUCUCCGUCCAUUCCGUCGCUGGCAGCGAGGCGCUCGCCGGUGGCGCCCGCGGCGAGGUGGAGGCGGCCGCGUACUGGACCGCUGUCGCGCCCAAUGUGGAGGAGUACGGCGGCGCCGUGGCCAAGGCGAUUGCGAGGGGUGCUGAGAACGUGGCCAAGGGGAUAAUAUGGUGUGGCGUGAUGACGGUGGAUAGGCUCCGGUGGGGGAAUGAAGUCCUCAGGAAGAGGAUCCAGCCAGGUGAUACUGACGCCGAGGUCAGCCCGGAGAUGCUGAGAAGGAUCCAAAGGGUUAAGAAGGUGACAAAAAUGUCUGAGAAAGUGGCAUCUGGAAUAUUGUCUGGAGUCGUGAAGGUUACUGGCUAUCUUACAAGCUCGUUGGCUAAUUCAAAAGCUGGCAAGAAGUUUUUUAGUAUGUUGCCUGGAGAGAUUCUUCUUGCUUCGCUUGAUGGAUUUGGCAAAAUCUCUGACGCAGUAGAGGUGGCUGGGAAAGAUGUGCUAUCCACAUCCUCGACCGUGACAACUGGUCUUGUAUCCCACAAGUACGGAGAGAAAGCCGCUGCUGCGACGAACGAAGGGAUGGACGCUGCCGGGCACGCCAUUGGGACUGCAUGGGCCGUGUUCAAGAUCCGUCAGGCCCUUAACCCGAAGAGCGCCCUGAAGCCCACGUCACUCGCCAAGUCCACCAUCAAGGCCGGAGCCGCCGAUCUCCGGGCGAAGAGCAGCAAGAGCAAGUAGAGCCUGAAGCCGUCCUUCCUCGUCGCAACCGGCUGUGUUGGAUCCUUGUCCUGACCAGAAGAACCUUUGCCCCCAGAAGUCCCAGCUGAUGUGCUGCUUGUAGAUAUUAUGUGCUGGAGCUGGCAACCAGCAGCAGCUUCCCUACUGUGUCCUCCCCUCUGCUGUUGUGAACGUUUUCUGUUGUGUUUCUGAGUGGAGUAUCGUUGUUUUCGUUUGUGCAGUGUUAGUUCAACGCAGAAAACUACGAAAGAAACAAAGUUCGGUGUUCUUUGAUUAACUGGUGUGGGUUGCUGCUGUUUA